AUGAAGGUGUUUACCCUGCUUUCGAAUAUCUUUGCGUUCUUUCUUUGUCUCUCUUCAGCGUUCCAAGCAAGACGAUCAUCUUCGCAAGAAUCCCAAUUGGGACGGGAUAGAUUGCUCUACUCUUCACGAGACGACGACGUUAGUCCUCGAUCACUAGAUAAUGAAGAAACACUCAUGAACGUCCAUGUUACCAUCACCGAUGGAGAGAAGGAAACCGCGACAGCAAAGCUUGCGAAAUAUUUACAAUCCUUCCCGUUUGCAGCAGUCCUCCCUGUUCAACCAUUGCAAUAUUUGCCUACAGAAAAUGGAGUCGAAGUCAAAUUCUUGCGAAAGAAAACCAACGAGAAGGGAAGUGUAGAUGGGGGGAUGGUUUUCAUGAUCAAGGAAGAUCGUGAUGGCUACGAUAUUGUAUGCAAGCGAAACUCCGAAGGCCAGACGGUAUCCAAAAUGUUUUCUGAAAAGCUGGUAAUCAUGUCAUUGUUGAAGCACAUCACUGAGGAAGACGGCGCAACACUUGCAGGUGCACCACCCGCAAAUGUCUUUGUGGAAAGCAUCUUUCACAAGUGGCUAUGA